AUGUCCGCAGCAACUCCAUCCAUAACGAUGCCCGCCAGCCGCGCCCUAGAGUCAGCAAAGCAGACCUCCGAAACCGUUCUCACAGACGCCUCCGCCGCCAUGAAGUCCGCCGCUGAGAAUCCAAAGAAGACUACCGCAAACUUCCUCCAGACACCCUUCAUGCGAGGUGCUCUCCCCUUCAUCAAUGGAGGCCUAGCAGGUAUGACAGCAACCGCCGUAAUCCAGCCCGUCGAUAUGAUCAAGGUCCGCCUCCAGCUUGCCGGCGAGGGUGUAAAAUCCGGCCCCAAACCUACCCCCGUCACCGUCUUCCGGGACAUCGUUGCCAGUGGCAAACUCCUGGAUCUGUAUACGGGACUCAGUGCUGGACUGCUCCGCCAAGCUGUCUACACCACCGCUCGAAUCGGUUUCUUCGACACUUUCAUGAAGACCCUCACGUCAUCCGCUGAAGCCAAGGGUACAGCCAUCGGGUUCAAGGAGCGUGCAGGUGCCGGCCUUGCCGCAGGUGGUCUCGCAGCCAUUGUUGGAAACCCCGCCGAUCUGGCUUUGAUCCGAAUGCAAUCAGACGGCUUGAAACCGGUAGCACAGCGUGCAAAUUACACAUCAGUCAUCGAUGCCCUGUCCCGUAUCGCCCGCAACGAGGGCGUGCGGCGCCUGUGGGCGGGCUGUAACCCAACCGUCGUACGCGCCAUGUCUCUCAACUUCGGCCAGCUUGCCUUCUUCUCAGAAGCCAAAAACCAACUCAAAUCCACAUCGCUAUCUUCCCGAACCCAGACUCUCACUGCAUCGGCCGUAGCCGGUUUCUUCGCCAGUUUCUUCAGCUUGCCGUUUGACUUCGUCAAGACACGGCUGCAGAAGCAGACUCGUGCGCCCGAUGGCACGAUGCCCUACAAGGGUAUGCUGGAUUGCUUCCGACAAGUUGCAAAGGAAGAAGGCAUGUUGAGGUUCUACCGCGGCUUCACAACCUAUUAUGUGCGGAUCGCACCACAUGCGUGA